AUGGCUAUGUUCAUGACCAGCUGCUUCCUGCUCGUAUUUUCGUCGCUAAUAGUUAUCGAUGGAGCUCGAGUUAUGAUCAAUCGCUCUGCCCGCGAUACUACUGCGAUCAAUGGUACUACAAGUAGCAGAGCUUCUUCCCUCAACAGAAGGAGCUUCCCUGCCGGCUUCAUAUUCGGCACGGCUUCCUCGGCAUACCAGUAUGAAGGUGCGGCGAAUGAAGGUGGCAGAACUCCAAGCAUCUGGGACAAUUACGCUCAUCAAUUCGCAAAUAAGAUAGCCGACCAUAGUAAUGGAGAUGUGGCAACGGAUUCUUAUCACCGUUACAAGGAAGAUGUUAAGAUCAUGAAGGAUUUGGGUUUUGAAGCUUAUCGAAUAUCGAUAUCAUGGUCAAGAAUUUUACCCAAUGGAAAGUUGAGUGGAGGAGUGAACAAAGAAGGAGUGAAGUAUUACAACAAUCUCAUCGACGAACUCCUCACAAAUGGGAUCCAGCCCUUCGUGACUAUCUUUCACUGGGAUCUCCCUCAAGCUCUGGAAGCAGAGUACAAGGGUUUCCUUAACCCUCGUGUCGUGAGUGAUUUUCGGGACUAUGCGGAAGUAUUGUUCAAGGAGUUUGGGGACAAGGUGAAGAACUGGAUCACAAUCAACGAGCCACUGAGCUACAGCGCCGCAGGGUAUGCGUAUGGCUAUCUUGCGCCGGGGAGGUGCUCCAGUUGGGUGCCCAUGAACUGCACAGGCGGAGACUCGUCAACCGAGCCUUACAUCGUCGGCCACCACAUCCUCCUCUCUCAUUCCGCCGCCGUCGAUUUGUACAAGCAGAAAUAUCAGGCAAGGCAGAAGGGUCAGAUAGGGAUCACACUGGUGUCUCCAUGGGUAAUUCCCUACACUAACUCCACUGAGAACAGGAAUGCACAAGCUAGAUCUCUUGAUUUCAGUUUGGGCUGGUUUUUCGAACCCCUGACGAGCGGUUCUUAUCCGCAAUCGAUGAGGACUCUCGUCGGCAAGAGGCUGCCCGAGUUCACGAAACAAGAAUCGGAGAAGAUCAGAGGGUCGUUCGAUUUCAUCGGGAUGAACUAUUACACGGCUUCUUAUGCAGUUGAUACGCCUUUGUUUGGCUUUGCACCCCGGAGCUACAUGACUGAUUCACUUCUUAACACAACAGACAACCGUAAUGGAGUCUCAAUUGGACCAAAAGGAGCUUCGAGUUGGCUAAAUGUGUAUCCCAAAGGAAUAUAUGAUAUUUUGUCGUACAUAAAGCGCAAGUACAACGAUCCAGUCAUUUACAUUACAGAAAAUGGGAUCGACGAGCUCAAUAACGACAAGGUGCUGCCGCCGGCAGAAGCUCUCCAAGACAAAAUGAGGAUCCGUUAUCACCGCCGGCAUCUGUAUUACCUCCAGAAAGCGAUCCGUGAUGGAGUUAACGUAAAGGGCUAUUUUGCUUGGUCGUUGCUGGACAAUUACGAAUGGACAAGUGGAUACACUACUCGAUUUGGACUAUUUUAUGUGGACUUCAAGAAUGGGCUUGCUCGAUAUCCCAAACAAUCUGCCAAGUGGUUCAAAAGUUUCUUAUCCCAAUAG